CCCCGAAAAAAAAAAACCUAUUCAAGCCUGGCGAUCUGUCAAGCUCGCGUACACAGAGCGAAGCUUCAGACGGAAGUAGUUGAAAGCAAAACACGCAAGACUAGCUUGUAGCGUCGCAUUCGGUGCGUUUGUGGCUCGCGUUACGGUCCCGUUGCGUCAGUGCUUGUGUUUCAAUAUGUUACAUUCAACAUAAAGCCGUUAAAAUGGAUAAUUGUAGCUUUUCGUUUUGACGCUGAACCGGAACUUGUGAUUGAUACGUCUAGCUUGACUGCAAGUCCUUCAAGCGCAGGGACCGGGAAGACAGAGCUCUCGGUCCAACUCGGCGAAGACUGCAAGGAAGGAAGGAAGUUUCACCAGCUCCUCAAAGUCGAUCCACACGCAGAAAAAAACAAUGCAGCGAGCCGCUGAUGGGUUCGGAUGUCUGGCGGUUUUGGUGGCGCUCGCCGCCUGCAGCGCGCCCCUGGUUCCGUUAGACGACAUUGUGAUCGAGAAGACUUUCGUGCCCGAGAAGUGCGCGCGCGCCGUCAACCCGGGCGACUACGUCCGGUACCACUACAACGGCAUGUUCCCGGACGGCAAGAAGUUCGACUCCAGUUACGACCGCGGCAGCACCUACAACGUUUUCGUGGGCAAGGGGCAGCUGAUCCAGGGCAUGGACAAAGCUCUGGCGGGCAUGUGCGUCAACGAGAGGCGGCUGGUCAAAAUCCCGCCGCACCUCGCCUACGGGAAGAAGGGAUACGGCGACAUCAUCCCGGCGGACGCCAUCCUCCAUUUCGACGUGCUGCUGCUGGACGUGUGGAACUCCGAGGACGGCGUGCAGAUCGACACCUACCGCACCCCCGCCGUCUGCGCCCGCAAGGUGGAGGUGUCCGACUACGUGCGCUACCACUACAACGGCACGCUGCUCGACGGGACGCUUUUUGACUCCAGCCACACCCGCAUGCGGACGUACGACACCUACGUGGGCAUCGGCUGGCUGAUCGCCGGCAUGGACCGGGGCCUGCUGGGGAUGUGCGUAGGCGAGAGGCGCGUCAUCACCAUGCCGCCAUCGCUGGCGUACGGCGAGAACGGAGACGGUAGCGACAUCCCGGGUCAGGCGUCGCUGGUGUUUGACGUGGUCCUGCUGGACCUGCACAACCCCAGCGACGGCAUCGCCAUCACCAACCGGCAAGUGCCCGAGCCGUGCCCCCGCAAGUCGGUGGAGGGAGACUUUGUGCGCUACCACUACAACGGAAGCCUCCUCGACGGCACCUUCUUCGACUCCAGCUACUCUCGUAACCGCACGUACGACACCUACGUGGGUCGCGGCUACGUGAUCGCCGGCAUGGACGAGGGUCUGCUCGACGUGUGCAUGGGUGAGCGGCGCACCAUCACCGUCCCGCCGCACCUGGCCUACGGCGAGGAGGGCACCGGCUCCAAGAUCCCGGGCUCGGCCGUGCUGGUUUUCGACGUGCACAUCGUCGACUUCCACAACCCGUCGGACGGCGCCGCCGUGACGGUCGCCAGCAAGCCGGACGCCUGCGACAAGCUGACCAAGAAGGGCGACUUUGUCAAGUAUCACUACAAUGCCACGCUCAUGGACGGCAGCCCCGUCGACUCCACGUACAACUACGGGAAGACGUACAACAUCGUACUGGGCGCCAACCAGGUGGUGCCCGGGAUGGAAGAGGGGCUGCUGGGAAUGUGCGUGGGCGAGCGCAGGCACCUCAUCGUCCCGCCACACCUCGGAUACGGAGAACAAGGAGUCGUUGACGAGGUUCCGGGAAGUGCGGUUCUGGUGUUCGACGUUGAGUUGAUAGAAAUGGAGGACGGACUCCCCGAAGGCUACAUGUUCAUCUGGAACGAGGAGGUGGGCGGCGACCUCUUCACCGAGAUGGACAAGGACAAGAACGAGCAGGUGGAACCUUCCGAGUUCAGCGACUACAUCCUGCGGCAGGUGAAUGAAGGCAAAGGCCGCCUGGCGCCCGGUUUUGACCCGCAGCGCAUCAUCGACAACAUGUUCAACAACCAGGACCGCGACGGCGACGGCAAGAUCACCGCCGCCGAGUUCAGGCUCAAAGCCGACGAAGCUGCCACGCAUGACGAGCUAUGACGGGACUCGGAGGGACCAGGAGACGGGAGGGGAGGUGAAGGGUUUCGGGGAGGGGAGAGGUUUUUGGUUGGUUUGUUUGUUUGCUUGGUUUUUUGUUGUUGUUGUUGUUUUUUUUUUUUUUUCCAAGACUGGCAGUAUGCUCAAAUGAGCCAAAUGAGAUUCACAUAAGUGUGGGGAAACUUUCUUUGUCGUGAUCAUUUGAAGUUUAUGAAACAAAUCUCCUCCAACAAAUGGCUGUCGGCUUUGCAUUUAGUUUUUUAAUGUGUGCAAAAAGUGCUCCAGUGUGUUUGUGACAACCAAGCCACUUCCACUGGUGCCUCUUUCCCACAGCGCGGAUGCCUACUUGGCUCGGCCGGAACGGUUUUCGUGGCGGGAAACCACCUUAUGCCCGGAUCAGACUACGAGACAAAUUCGCCGUCUCCUGGUGGCACUUUGUCAGACUAUUGCCAUCAAAUCUUGCUGUGUCUCCGUCCGGGAAAAAGGGCGUUUUGGGUUGUCCAUUCUUCUAGGAGAGCUUGAGGUAAUGUUCACAUACCGGUACUUCUAAUACUCCUAGCUAGUAGGCAAUUUAUACAAGCGUGGGAGGAGCGGCGGCAUCCGGCAGCCGGUGGGUGUCACGUGACUCCAAAUCAUCCCGUGAACAAGUUUCUACAAGCACGUGGCUGCAGCAAUCUGGGAACUCGACCGCGAUAGCUAUUCGGGCCAAUCGCGGAGCUAAAAUCUUGUCGUCUGAUCCGGGCUUUAGAUGGAAAGCAUUGUACCGGAGCCACAUUCGCACCUGGAGUUCCAGGUUUUGCGUUCAUGAAACCUUUUAGUCCCUGCAAGCGAAAGUAUCCCAGAACCACAAGUUCGCAGAUGCGGCUAUUGACUGAAUGAGUACUUUUGGUCACGGGAACCUUUUUGAAAUUAAAGUACUCAGAAGCAAAAGUUACCGGAUCCUUAGGUGCAAAUGCGGCUACAGACAUAAUGGGUACUUUUGGAGAAGUCCAUAGUUCUUUGGACCAGAAGUACCCGGAACCUUAGCGUUCCUUAGCCUUAGAUUACUAGCAUAACGACACAAUAUUCAGAUCAAAGUUCCGAUCCGAGCUGGUACCGUGCUGUGGGAAAGAGACGGAAUCACUCCAUUCAGCUUUUGGUUUAAGGAGCUGCCAGGAAAGUCGUCCGGACUUUUGUUGUUGUUUUUCAAUCUUUGUUUGAAUUUUGUCCAUUUUCACUUUGUGUGUGUGUGUGUGUGUGUGUGUGUGACAAGAGGAAAGUAGAUCACCGUUAUGCUGUGUUCGGUUUAUAGGGGGCCCACCUGGGAACUUUGGGCCCCCGAACCAAACAUGCAAUUCGUGCAAUGAUGGAUGACGUCUGUGUUUUUUUUUUUUUUUUUUUUUUUUUUUUUUUUUUUUUUUUUUGUGGGGAUGCGUAUAUUUUAAGAACAAAGUUCUAUCACAAAUUCAAAAUAUGAGGUCAACGUGUAGUUUUGAAAGAGAAAUUGUAAUAUUACCAGAAAGUCCUUUUGCAAAUGGAAAAAAAACAAAAAAUACUUUCAAAAUAUGAUAGAUGUUCUUUUUGAAGUUGUUUCGAAGAAAAAAAAAAAAAAAAAAAAGGUCAAACUAAUGGCCAAAUGUGUGAUGUGUGCACCAGGACUUCCUCGUCAUUUGCAGAGUUUUAGUUACUUUUACGCCACUAUUUGUACGGUGAAGCAGAAAAUGGGUAAUACGAAGAGAUUUAUUCCAAAAUAAAGUAUCAGUGAGACUAA